GGGGUCUAACGUGCACAGAUUAAGGUUGUACGCGACCGCAGAGGACCACGAACGCGAGCCUUCUUCUUGCGCGACUCAAAUGGCUUCGUCCCCCCAAGGAGCAACACCGGGUUGCUCGCCGGGGCUAGCCAUGCACACGCCAAAUGAUCGGGGAAGUAAAUCGUACAAAAGUACUUUUGGUUCCGCCCAGCACGAAUUCUACUCCCCUGCACCAGCGCAGCUACUGGGAGCUUCAUCAGAAAGAAAGCCCGACGGCGAAGAGCUGUCGCAGGGCUUGGAAGCGGGUACUAGCGGUGGCGCGCUGAAGAUUGCGGCCCGGAUGACACUUUCCUCCGACUCUCGCGCAGACCACAAACCGCCACCGCGGCGCGUCUCGAUUCGUAGCACGCCUGACAGCUCCCCCAGCAGGAGGGCGUUCUCCGCUAGUAAUUCAGGCGAGAAAAAAAAGGUGCGUGGCACGCCGCAUCCCGUGAAACAGGAGCGAGGACCUGAGGGAGUCGGUGUUGGGAAGGUGAGUCAGAUGAUUCACCGGAUAAACAGUCAAGAACGACUCAAGGCGGCGGGGGGCGCACGUACUACUCAGCACUCGUCGGCCCUUCAACAUCCGUCUUUCCCCUCGUCGUCGGCCGCGGCUGCAAACACAGGCUUCGACGCCGAAACGUCGUCGCGUGGUGCGAAAGGACCCGUGGUCUUUCGAAUGAAUUCGGAUGGAAGCGACGAAAACCACCAGGCGUUUACGACGAUCUCGCAUAAAAGUAGUUCGCCGGACGUCGAGAUGCAGGACGCGGCAGCCUGCCACGAGGACGCCAGGAAGGACUCCGCUAUUGCCCUUAGUGAACGCGUGAAGUCCAUGUGGAGCAAAGUCCGCAAGGUAAAGGAUCAGCAUCGAGCCUCGCGAGACUCCGCGCCGUCAGUCUCUGUUGCUACCUCCUCGAAGGGUGCGGCCACGACCGGAAUCACACGACCGCACAACGGAGAAGGAACGAACUCGCUUGCUGCUGCAGAUCGACGGCCUGUGGUGCAAGCAGGUUCGACAGCGGCGGCAAAAGAUGCAAUAGGACCAGCGGCUCCAGGAGGUGCAGCUCCAGGGCCCGCAUCUGCAGCUUCUACUUUUUCCGCUGGCGCUCCGUUAUUUCCGAGCGCGUCCACGGCUACGACGAGGAUGUGUCUCGAAAAAACCAUUGGUGGCAGCAGCGAUUCCUCGUCUGGUUCCUCUACGAAGAAUCCUGGUGCGCUUGAUCGUGACACUUCUACUUCCUCCCCGAAAUACAAUGGCAAAACGUCGGCGCAGCUGCCUCAGCAUCGCGACACCGCAGCUACUGCCGGACAGACGAACCUGGUCUACUCAAGUCCCCUCGAUGACGAGUUGCCAUUUGUUGAGGCCACCGCAAGAUCUCAUGCGAAGGACGAUGCCGCACGGGCGGGGGGCCCCGGAGCUCCUGUCCAAUCUUCGCAAGUCUGCCGGCAGAGCGCUCCUUCCGGUGUUGCAAAAUUGGCCAAGAGGGCCAAGAACUACGUGCCACAACAUUUGAAUUCAUCACGCGACGUUUUGCGUCUGAAUGCGUCCGUCGACUACGACCACAGCAAGCAAGGCGGGCAAACAGUCAGAAAAUCAUCCGGCAAACACGUGAACCCCCCUCCGCACCAAGGGCCGUCCUCUGCUUCAGCGCCGAAAAUUUCGCACGGGGGUUCAUCGAAGCUGGUGCCCCGCGUUGCGACGGCAUCAACGAGAAGCACCGGUGGUGGCACAAGGUCCUCCUCGUCAGCGACAGCGUCCAGCUCCAACACCGAGCAGGCGUACAAGUUCAAAGCGCGCCCGCCGCCCCCAUCUACCUACCAAAUCAGCUUUCCCUCGCGCGUGCAGACCCCGAAACGCGAUGUGGUACAGCCGGAUCCCUUCUCCCUGAAAACGGACCAGCGGGGGGAGCGGCACCGCGAAAAGAUCGACAAGUUGCGAGAAGACUUGCAGCGGAAGCAGGAAGAAGAAAUCGCUCUAGCCAACGGGUUCAAGGCUCGUGAUAUCGGUCAUUAUGCAGACCUCGGGAUGCGGCACAGUGUCGAUCGACGACCGAAUACAGAGCCAAAACCAUUUCGCCUGAGCAGCCGUCAAAACACGCCACGACGGAGCGCCUCUCCGGACCCGUCCAAAGGAAAGUUCCGUGCACUGCCUCUGCCGCAAACCACCUUCGAGCCAGAACAACUUCCUCCACGGCGCAGAAGCUUUGUUGCCACAAAACCUGUAUCUCCGCGGCUUUCUCUAGGUACUGACAGUUUUGCGACGCGUUAAGUGCAGUCGAUACUUAUUAUAGCAAUGUGUUGAAAAAUAUUCAAGUAAGUGUAUGGGUAUCCCUCGUCGACAAGCAAUAAAAGCAAAACUUUAACUUUCAUUUGCAUCCCUGUAAGGUUCCAAAGCCCGGGGCGAGAGCGCAAACAGAAACGAGGCGGAGGAUGCGGGUGGCACAGGUCCGAAAUUCAAGGCAAUGCCGAUGCCCGAUUUUGAUCGUGUGAAAUUCGAAGUGCGGCCGGCGGAAUUUGAGCUCACCGAGGUACAAGAGCCGCGACUGGCGACAGAACACCGUGCUCAGAAACACCACGCGAAGUUCGAAGAAGUGAAGCAAGCCAUCCUGGAAGAGCGGGAGCGCGACUUGUAUGUUCCGUUUGUUGCUCGUCCGGUCGCCGACUACAGCAAUCAAUUUGUGAAUCGCUCCGUCGAGCGACGACCAGUGACGGAGCCUGAGCCUUUCAAGCUGACGGAGCAAACCAGACGCACCUCGGGAGUGCAUUCAGCCGCGUCCUCUGUAGAUUCCACUGCUCCCGAAGCUGCUUUUCGAGCCCGCAAUUUGCCACAGACCACGUACCUACGUCUUUGUUGUGCUUGAUGUGCCUCUUCUAUCACUAUCGAAAGCUGCUAUCAUGAACAUGAAUGCCAAUGACGAAUGAAAUAUUAAUCCCGCAAUAGCUGCACCACCGUGCGAAGAAAGCGAAAGUGAGACAGUAUUCCUCCCUGAGCCAAUUUCUUCUAGGUAUGAGCCGUCGCAGCCGCCCGAAAAGCCAAAAGUUUCGCCGACAAAACCGAAACCGUUUCGACUCUCAACCAACGACGAUACCCACACCCUGAAGAGGUUUCUCGUCAAAAAGGAACAGGAAGACAAGGCAAAGCGCAACGUCACCGAGCCAUACAAGGUACCUUUUACCCAAACUGGACGCUGUUGCACGUAGUUUUUAAACGAGUACGUAGCUGAUGUCACACUUUCGUUCUUGUACGUAAUUUUCAUGACCGACACUGAUAUGUGAUCAGGCUCAGGCACAGGCUCUUCUUGAAGAAGCUUUUCGACAAAAAUUCUCAUCAUCAGGCAAACCCAGUGCCUGAUUUCUCCGAACCGUGGAGGCCGGACUUAAGCAGCACGGAGCAAAGGCGAACUUCCGUUGUGGACAAGGUGCAGGAAUUUCGCCUCAGUACCAGCAACUUCUCUCGGAAGCCGGAGCCGCAAAAGUUUGACACCAAAUUCAAGGCAAAACCCAUCCAGUACGAGGAGCUGCGAUCGAAGUGGCUUGCGCCAGCAAUUGAGCCCCGUCCCAUCACGGAUCCGGUCCCGUUCAAGGGGCUCGAAGAGAGUCAGAGACGCCGGAGCUCGACGCCGCGCCGCCGCAGUCACAUGGACGACAGCCCGCAACCCUUCAAAGCGCGCCCGGUCCCGGACUCUGUCUUGCAUCCCAAGUAUCGCUCCUUGAUGUUGAAAUUACCGUAAAACUAAAAGACGAUCCGUCAACAUGUUUUCAGUAUCACAUCUUUGACUUUCGUAGAGAUCGUAGAAGAUUGUUUACAUUGUGAUUUAUUCUCGUCCAGCCAACCACUCUAAUAAAACUGCAGACCGCCUACGAUCAAUCAUGUGGAGCAGAAUCGGAGGCGCACGCUUCCAAUGGAAGUCAAAUUGCACAGCGACCGACAAGCAGUGAAGCGGGAGGACUAUGAGCGGGAAAAGAAGGAACGCAUGGCAGAGCGGGCCGAGCAGAAGGCCGAGGAGCUUCGGGCGCGGGCAGACGCGGAGCGCGCGGAGUUGGAGAGGCACCGGAAGCAGUUGCAGUUUCGCGCUCGGCCAGUUCCGCAGUACCGCAGCAACCUCCCCGUCGUGCAAAAACCACCCCUGACGGAACCCCGGGACACGCGACUCUACCAGCUGCCGAAGCGCCUGACCUCGGCUGGAGCGGAGGACAGUACCCGGCGAGACGACUCGCUGCCACCACGCAAGGGGAGCGGCGAAGCAGGCGUCCCGGGCGUGGCGCGCAGGACGGUGGUCCGCUCAAGAAGCAGAGGUGGAACCUCCAGUCACGAUCCCAGUCCUUUAGAAGGAGCGGCAAGUGAGCAACUUCAACAGCAAGGUGACAGUGCCAGUGGUAGUUCUGCUGUGGCGCAGGAACUACAAGAAGUUGCUGUCGCGGCUGGUGGUGGGUCCUCCUCAAGUAACUCGAACUCCUCGUCAUCUGGUACAACAGGAGGUCUGGUGCUCGGAAACGCUAGCGGGGUACUAGACCCGCCCAGAGCCAGGCCUGCGUUCGGCACCACACUCAAUUCUCGUCUGCCCCGCGGCCCCAAAAAUCAUACCACCAAUACCAGUUUCGAGAGGAACAAACCGCCGGAGCCCACAGGAGCAGGGGAACCGCAAGCGAAACGCGUCUUCGAUCCGAGCCGAUUGAGUGGUGCUAGCCGGCGAAGCGACAGGACGCCACGCACCAACUUUGGUGCUCCUCUCAGCCACCGUGCUCAGGAGCAGCUAGGCAGCAUCAACAAGGUGCGCACCUCCUCCGGCGCAAUCAAUAAGCCACCACCUGCAACCGCGGAACGCGGCCGGUCAAACAGCUUCGGCAACAAGGAAAACGAGAACCCGUUGUUCCAGCCGGUGCUGCCGCAAGCACGGAUUUCUGGCGAGAACCAACAUCUGAACAAAGACAUCGCCGCCGACACACCGCGGCUGCUCAACGAGCAUCACAGCGAUGGAAAAUUUCGGCGCAACAUGAUGGGAAGUGCGGGACGGGCCACGAAGUAUCAGCGCAAGGAGACGGUAUUUACACCGCCGAAAGUUGAUACCAAAAUAAACAAGCCACCAGAAAGUUGCGCUCUACAAGGUCGUGCAGAAGCUUCCGCUGCUGUUCCUGGAGCUCUUUCGCAGGUCGGAGCAGAAGUAUCACUGAACGGAUCGUCAAUCUUUGAGCAGAACAACCACCACAACGAACCCUCCGGGGACAUCCCACUGAUUCGUCGGCCGCCAGGCGACGAACCGUACGACCUGCUAGCUGCUGGACGAGAAGAACCGCGGAUGGAAACCCCAGAAGAGGGCGCUACUCCGAUAGGCGGUGAAGCAUAGCGAAGGUAUCGAUGGAAUGAUUCUCGAUCGGAAGAAAACAGGGUAACAACUCUCGCAAGUAGGAAAUUAAAUAAAAGUUGCACCUUACUACUUGUACUAGUAUCUGUCAUUAUCAACCAGGCGGCGUAUUUCUGUGCUGUCAAGACAAGAUAUCCAAAUCCAAUUAUACGAGCGAGCAGGUCUCGCUAGUUGCUUCGAUGUUGUCAGGACUUGGCAUUCAAUUUCGUAGGCAUCGAAAAAUCGGAGCGUCAACGUUUCUGCAAUUUUGCAUUAUGAUUUAUGUCUUCGUUCAUCUUCUGUUGUAUCCGAAAACAUUUUCGACGUACUCAAGGAAGCUACUCACUGAGCUGGCGACACGACCGCUAUAUCAAUUUCGUAAAUAUCGCAAUCACCAUCACGAGGAAAUCAACCACUGACUUCGGGGCGGAGGUCAGUAAACGGAGAUCGAUGUGCCGUACUAAAGCUACUUCCUUCCCUUUAAACCCGGCCGCUUACGCUUUCCUCUCAUACUAACUAGUGACUCCCUUACUGUUACCGAUUUUAAAUGCCGUCUGGAAAACCUCCUACUUCGUCUCAAGUUUACAAUGUCGUACUCCAUCAGGUGGUAAUUGGUUUUUUCUGUAGCAAGUAACAACCAAAAACAGGCGAUCUCUUGAAAUCUAUGCCUUCUUGCACUUCUCUCUUCAAACUCAAAAAGCUGGGCCCCGAUUGUGAUUGGUGGCCUUGGUAGACACUGAGCGCAACAGUUAACAUAAAUUUUCUGUUGUAGCUCCGUCUAUCUACAACUUCUGGUGCUUUUUUGCAAAGGCUGUGAAGCGUCACCCUGUGUGUUUGUGAGUAUCUAUUACCUUCAUACUCGAAAAAUCUCAGCAUUUCAGCGACUUUCAGAUUUCUCUCUUCGAUUGCCACAUCUUUCUGUUUUGUACACCACGACUAGUAGCGCCUGUUGAUAUCUAGACACUUCUAUGUAUGUCUAUGUUCCAGAAUGUACCAAAGUUAAUAAGGCUCUUGAAUUUGCUUCUGCUCAUGAAGAUGUGAUGCCUCGCAAUUUUCCCUUAUGUAGCAGCACCCGAACCUAUCGUGUCUGUUGAAGCAGAUUGAAGGAAUGAAGUCUUCGGAUCUAUUCUUGUUGCGAUAUCAAAGUAAUGUUAUGUCAAACAGGACAAUACCAGUACCGCG